AUGUCUACCUUCCGGGAGCCAGACCUAGAAGUCAAUAGGGCUUCAGCAGUUUUGGCUCGAUGGUCCGUUUCGCUAAGCAACCUCCUUCGCACUAACUUGCCUCCAUCCGAAUACGAAGCUAAUCUUCGAGAGACCGAACUUUCAGACGCAUACGAUGCAUUGGAAGAACUGGACCAAGAAAUUGAACACGUACAAACCACUUUAUCAUCACUGAAGAGUGAAAGGAAGGCUCAUCAUAGAAGUCAUCCGCAAAUACAAGAUGGUGCUGUCCCCCGCUCAGUCGUCUCGUGCUGGAAAUUUAGACUAGCAUUUGAUGGCCAUCACAUCCGAGUGGCAGGAUCCGAGUCCUAUGCUCUCCGUCCGCUCUAUUUAUCCGUAAUAUGUUACAUGAUAUCAGAAGAGAGACAAGGUCCAUAG